CGUGCCAGUGACAGCCCCGACGAUGGGCAGCUACACCCACUGCACGCCGAGCCUGUGCGGGCGGUGAGGAAGCCGCCGCUGCCGCAGCCCAGUGAGACAGAAGCAGCAGCAGCAGCAGCAGCGCGGCGGAACACACGGCAGGCUGCUAGCUGAGAGGGCGGCAUGGCGCGGCUACAGGACGUCCACCAGGGCAGCCGCUGUCACAGGAAAACCUGGAUUAAUGUACUAUUAGGAAUACUUCAAAUACUUCUGCCACACGUUCAGCACGGAGGGGCUCAGCUGCAAGCCCUGGGUCAGAUGUCCCCCAGCGUGGUCUGGCAGCCGGAGGAGACGGAGCCAUUGGCCCCGCUGCAGGUGGUGGAGGAGCGACGAAAAGAUGGUCUUCCACUAGAAGACGGCUCCUCUCCAUAUACGCAGGAGAACGGGAUGCCUCUGCAUAUUCAGCCCCCAGUGUUGGAUUUUGGGACACAGCCGCUGGGGUUGCCGAGAGCUGAAACCAUAUAUAUACACAACCCCAGCCAGGAAGUCCCUGUGACCCUGCUGUCGAUGUUUACAUCCAGCAUGCAUUUUUACAUACCUUCCUUUCACCGAAGAGUGAUCCCACCAAAGGGGAAGGCAUCUUUUAAACUAAUUUUCCUCCCAUCUGAGGAGGGCAAUGUAGAAAACACAUUAUUUAUAAACACAUCAGCUCAUGGGCUGCUUUCAUACCAGGUUUUUGGUGUGGGAGGCCACCAAACCUCAUUAAAAUCUUCCCAAAGAAAGGAAAGUCUAAUAUUCCCUCACAUCCAGAGCAUAAAGCUGACCCAAACUCAGGAAGAUGCCUCCAACAUCACCAUUCUGGGUCUACUCCUGGAGUGCAGAUUAAAGGAGAGUUUUCUGAGCAGUCCUCAGGGGUCCUGCCUCCAGAACGAGGAGCGCCUCAGUCUGCAGAUUAAUCUGUCUGCUCCUGGUGACCGACCCGCUGAACUGGACAAGCUCAAGCCCUACGUCAUCGAGCACAUUUUGUUCCUGUUGGUCCCUCCCGAUGUUGGACCAGCAGCCUUUGGGGAUGGAAAAAUAGGAGUUUAUAUGUUAAAUUCUGGAGCCAAGAAGCUCUAUAUAAAGGACAUGCAGGUGCUGUCAAAGGUGGAGGCCAGCCUCAACUUCAACAAGGUUCUUCUGAGACCAGAGGCAAAGAACUUCACUCAAGUGGCCUCCUUGGCCUGCAGAGGUUUAUUGCCAGGCCACGGACAGAAAUGCAUAAGCCAUAUCAGUUUAAAAAUAAUGGGGAACAAGACAGCCUACAGCUUCCCAGGAUUACAUAUCACACACAGAUGGACAGUAGGGGAUUUGUUCAGCUUGUUUCGAGUGAAACAAAGAAGCAGCAGUCAGAUGGAUCUGUGGUUCUCCAACCCUCACCCCCUGCCCUUCACCGUGAUAAACGCCACUCUGUCUGAGAGGUUACAGGGUGCGGUGAAGGUGGUGAACUUCAGCAGUCCGUUGAGAGUUUCCACAGGCUGCUGGCACAUCCUCUCCCUGCAGCUGCUGAACGAGUCUCUGCCUCUGAACCACAUGCUGACGCUGAGUCUGGACACCAGCCUCGGCACCACCCUGCACCUUCCCUUCUACUUUCAUUCAACUUCGUCAAAGGAGGAGGGGAUGUUUGAGGCUGAGCACGAGUGUGCACGACAAUGUCCUCUUCGCUUAUCUGAAGGAGGCCGCUUGGAGUGGCAGCACUCCCUUCUGCCAGAACGCUUCACCUCUUCCUGGGACGUAGACAGCAAGCUGGCUGCAGAGCUCUGCUCUCGAUGGCGGAGUCACAAAGAUAAAUUACCUUGCAGGUGGCCCAGGCUUCCUGUUGAGGGAUCCUCUCCUCUGAACUUUGGCGCUACGCCUGUCAAUGAGAGUAAAGUAAAGACGUUCCUGCUAAAGAAUCCUUCGCCUUCAGUGGUUUCUGUGGAGAUUCGAAUCCUUUCCCUCUACCCUUCUCCCAGCGAAGCUCUGGAUCUUUUAACCAAAUGGUUUAAUUUCAGCUCCCAAACCGUGAACAUCAGCACAGCAGAGUUUUCUCUGCUGACCUCUUCUCUAAAGGAAGGUGAGAGCGUAGCAGGCGUAACAGGGGCGGGUGUCCUGCGUCUGCUGUUGCACCCCUGGGAGACGAGAGAGGUUGCUGUGGCGUUUACGCCCUCUGAACACAAACCAACCACCACCAUUCUUGUUAUCAGGAACAACUUGACAGUAUUUGACAUGGUGACCCUACAAGGCCACGGGGCCAAAGAGCUGCUAAGAGUCGGAGGAAAACUGCCCGGCCCGGGAGCGUCUUUACGCUUCAACGUUCCUCAGUCGACUCUAAUGGAGUGUCGGGACGGUCUGCGCACCAGUAAGCCUCUUUUUGCGAUCAGAAAGAGUUUUAAGGUGGAGAACGCAGGCGAGCUUCCUCUGACGGUCAUGUCCAUGAACAUUAAUGGUUAUUCGUGUCAGGGCUACGGCUUCGAGGUGCUUCAGUGCCGCUCCUUUAGCCUUGAGCACAACACCUCCUCAGAGAUCACAAUUGCGUUUACGCCAGACUUCACCUCUUCCUGGGUGAUCCGUGACCUCACCUUGGUGACGUCCCGUGGCAGCGCUUUCCCUUUCACGCUCAAUGUGACUCUGCCCCACCACAUGUUGCCGCUCUGUGCCCAGGUGGUACCGGGCCCCAGCUGGGAGGAAACCUUUUGGGUUGUCACCCUCAUAUUCACAUGCUUCUCCUUGGUUGGCGUGUGUCUGAUGGCCUUUCAUCAGGCUCAGUACAUCCUCAGGGAGUUCUCAACCCCGACCAUCAGGAGCAACCACAACUCUGUCCUUUCCCGGGAGAACAGCUCCGUCAAUAAUAUCACCCCCAAUGGAGUGAAUAAAUCCAAAGGCAGCUGUAAGACCUACAUAGACACCUGUCACACGUCGGAUAAAGGAAAGGGCCGCGGGUCUUCGGCUUUGGCCAACAGCCCCACCCCUCGUUCUCAGGCCUCCAAGAAAGGCUCCGCCACCGCCACCUCCCAGCCACAAAAGAAACACAAGGUGUCGCUCUAUUACACCAAACAUAAGCCCAGCUCAGCCGCAGCCGCAGCCGCCACCAUGGAUGAAGAGCAGGAAGACCUGAGCCCAGACAGCCCCCUCACCCCGGACUCCUGCAACAACAACAACCAGCCAGCGUUCCCCAGCGAGAUGGAGAGCAAGACGCCCGCGGGCUUCACAGAAGACCUGCCAGGUAGUGUCGAACACGACGAGUCGGCAGCAGUUAUGUUUCCCGUGGAAAUACCUGCUGGGUUCCCUGAGAACGUCAAACUGGGUCCAGGACCCAGACCGGGCCUGUUGAUCUGCAGCCCUGUGGAGCGGAGCUGCAGCGAGCGCUACGCCGAGAAGAUGGCUUCAGGGAAAAGGGACGGCUCUGAGCUGGAGAUCCAGUUUGAAGAAGAUGCCAAAGACCAGAAGAAGAAAGUUGUGAAUGCAGAGACUGGCCCAGCAGCGGGGAACAAUAAGGGAAAGAGGAGUCGCAGGAAGACAGACAACGUCUCAAGUCCUCCAGAGCACAAUGUUAUUACAGUACCAGUAAGGGAAAAGGAACCGGACUGGAAAACGGCGGAUCGCAACAUGAGCGCAAACCGCAGCAGAACCCGCUUCUGCAACGGCUUUAAGUCAGAAAUACUAAAAUUCGGACAAGGUGCUGAAACCAUCCUUAAACAAAAUGGCGUGUGUCCAGCUCGCAGUCGCAAACGGUGUGGAGCGGAGCGGCGCGCGGGGGGAGUGUCGGAGUCGGGCUCGGACUCGGGCAGCUCGUCGGGAAGCGUGAGGGCCAGCAGGGGGAGCUGGGGCAGCUGGAGCAGCGCGAGCAGCGUGGAGGGAGACAAGGAGCACGGCGCUCGAAUGCACGCCUACGCCGCCUCCACCAGAAAAAGAGAUUCCAUGCAGUAUUGCGUCUACCCCGCAGAACCAGACUGCUACCAAACCACGAAUAACAACUACACGCCCGCCAGCUCUAACCAUUUGUACAACAAAGAGACGUGCCAAAGCCAAGACCCUGCACCAUCAACCUUCGCCCCGACUUUCGCUGACGUCACUGCGAGAACGGACAGGAAUAUGGGUCAUUAUGUGCCGGAGGACACGUGGGCGGCUCCAUCCAUCCCUCUAACCAACGAGUUCAGAUACAACACGCACGAAGCUUACGUACCUCAGACGGCAGUCACCGCAUCAUACAACGGGUUCACUUGGAGUAGCGCCAACAGCCAUUGCACCAGUCCCUGCAGCUACAUCGGUAACGGACCGUUUCAGACUGGUUUCCCCCAUCAGGACGUGCAGAACGUGCAUGGCGGUCAGAGCAGCUGGACUGAAGAGCAGCCUCAGGAAUCUCCCACCACCUGGAACGCAGCAGCCUGUGUGGGCAGCAAGCCGUAUUUCUCCGGCACCCGCAGCCUCUCUCCCAUGUCCAGCUUGUUCGGCUCCAUCUGGACCCCCCAGAGCCACUUCCCACCCGAGCGAUCCGCCCCGGUGUCGCCCAUGUCGCCCAUCACCCCCAUCACCCCACCGCACUCCCCGUUCACCCGGGAGCCGGAGGGCACCUACAGGCCCAUCCAGUACUCCAGCUUCAACCCGUUCGGGCCGCACAUGAACCUGGACAUCUGGAACUCGUCGUCCAACCGCAGCUCCAACUCCCAGCUCUCCAACGACUCCGGCUACUGCGGCGACGUGUGACUCGAAAAGCAAAAAGCAAAGCGGGACGGCGCAAAACCUGAUCUAUAAAAGAAAGGAAAUAAACAAGAAUGUUCUUUUUAUCAACAGUGGGGGAAAAUGUGAAUAUUUCUUUUCUUUUAUGUUCCAGUUUUCAGAUGUUAAAUGUUGUGAGAAGGUGAAGCGUUUGUUGUAUAUUUUUCUAGAUGUUUUGCAGUUUUGAUCAUAGAAAAAUAAUAAAAAAAAAAGGUUUUGUA